GACAGAAUGUGCGAUUAACACCAAAAGAUUGCACGGAAGAGAGAGCGCGAUUAUCGUGCUUAACCCUCCCCUCUCAAACCUCCUUCUCUUCUCUUCCCCUCUUUCUUCUCAAUCCAUCGUCCUUCGUCUGUGCCACGAAGAUUAGGGGAACAAACCCUCGAAUUCCAAACUCUCUCCGUCUCCGGUGGUGGUGGCGGUGGUGGCGGCGCCUCCCUCGCCAGGCGAAACCGUCGCCCCCGCUCCCUCGGCGCUCGCCUUCCGCCAUGAGCGUUGGCGGCGAUGGUGACGAAGAAGGUGCAGACUCCCCUGCCGCCAUGCGCUCAGGACCGCCGCCUGGACUGCCGGGCCUCCCGGCCCCGCGGGAGCCGCCGGUGGCGCCAGGGCGGCACCGGGACCGCCGUGGUCGCGGUGGCCGCGCUCCUGAUCUCCACCGCCGCGUGGCUCGCGCUCGUCUUCUCCGGGACCACCGCCCGCUGCUGGCACCGGUUGACGCAUUUUGAAGGCAGUCCUCGUUCUGUCUCGUGGCGGAGUCAUUACUCCUCCGAUCUUCGUUACCCCGCUUCGUCGCCUCCGCCGCCCCCUUCGCCCCCGCCUCCGGCGCGCCGCAACGGCAGCCUCUCGGGAACGAAGCCGAUCGCGGAGCAGUUAAUGCUGAGCCACAUACUUUUCGGAAUCGCUGGAUCGUCACGGUUAUGGGAGCGUCGGAAGGAGUAUGUGAGGCUCUGGUGGCGACCUGAGGAAAUGCGCGGCCACGUGUGGCUGGACGAGCAAGUGUCUCACGACGACGAUUCGCUGCCUCCGAUCAUGGUCUCGGAGGAUAUUUCUCGCUUUCGCUACACAAACCCUACCGGCCACCCCUCUGGCCUCCGUAUCGCUCGUGUCGUCGUAGAGAGCUUCCGCUUGGGCUUGCCGGAUGUGCGGUGGUUUGUCCUAGGAGACGAUGACACUAUCUUUAAUGUCGAUAACCUUGUGGCCGUUCUUAGCAAGUAUGAUUGGUCUGAGAUGGUUUACAUUGGCGCUCCUUCGGAGAGUCACUCGGCGAAUACUUACUUUAGCCAUAACAUGGCGUUUGGUGGUGGUGGGAUUGCGAUUAGUUAUGCAUUGGCCGAUGCAUUGUCCAAAAUUCAGGACGAGUGCCUGGAGAGGUAUCCCAAGCUGUAUGGGAGUGAUGAUAGGCUUCACGCUUGCAUUUCUGAAAUUGGCGUUCCCUUGACGAGAGAAAGCGGCUUCCACCAGUGGGAUAUCCGUGGUAAUGCGCAUGGACUUCUGUCAUGUCAUCCAAUUGCACCCUUUGUUUCAAUUCACCAUUUGGAAGCUGUGGAUCCAUUUUAUCCAGGGUUGAACUCUUUGGAGAGCUUGAAGCUAUUCACGAAGGCUAUGAAGUUAGAACCUAGGAGCUUUUUGCAGCGAUCGAUCUGUUAUGACCAGGCACAUCGUCUCACAUUUUCGGUGUCGCUGGGUUACGCUGUUCAAGUGUUCCCAAACAUUGUGUAUCCCCGUGAAUUGGAGCGGUCGGAACAGACUUAUGUUGCCUGGAAUAGGAUCAGUCACAGUAGUGAAUUUGACUUGGAUACGAGGAAUUCAUUAAGGUCGCUCUGCAACAAACCCAUUCUGUUUUUCUUGAAAGAUAUAGGAAGACGAGGGGAUGCUACUGUGGGCACGUAUAUGCAAGAAAGAGGAAUAGAUGAUCUGAAAAGGAGAGUCUUUUGCUUUCUGCGGUCACCCCCCCUGCAUAACGUGCAGAUUAUCAAGGUCUUAAGUUAUCCACUGAAAAAGAAUUGGCAUCUGGUACCACGUCGAUUAUGUUGCCAGACAAACCAAAUUAGGGGUGACACUCUCAGUUUAUUUGUGGGCCAAUGUGAGAGUGGAGCUUUAAAUUCAGUCAUAGAUAAUUUGUGACUGGUCAAUGGGGACGCCUGGUCUAGGGACCUCUUGUCGAGUUAAAGAAUUUGAGCAUAGAAGCCGGAUCCCACAAUGACCUUCCAAACUGCCUCUGAUUUUUCAUGGCGUAACAGUUACCGACUUCUGGCCUGUUGAUUACCUGCUUAUGCAAGGUGCAAUCCAUGGACGAGGCUCAUAAUGCAGUUUAGUUGAUUGAGUUGAAGAUGACUGUGCAAACACUUUAUCUCCGGAUUACAUUCUUUGCCUUCAUUUUGUUUAGAAGGUUUUACAAUGAUAAAUGAGGAUUUAGCAUUUUGAUAUUGAAAUUGCUGUUGGAAUGAUAGAUAGAAUACCAAAAUUAGCAAUGUUAGCUUCCAGGUAUGUAAUUCGGAGAUUCUGUUGUUGUUAAUAGCCAUUUCCCAGUAAAAGGUUGCUCGGUAGGAUAUAUUGUCUA